UCGCUCCGCGCUCGAGCUGGAGAGCUAUGACAACAUGAAGUGUGAUGUACCUGCUUAAAGGAGCCGCUGGAGAAGAGUAAAAACUCUCAGGUAAAAGUGUCUCCAGCUCCGGCAGAAGAGUUCUUUAACUGGAAUUUAACUGGGAGUUUAACCGGGAGUUUACCGCGUCCUGCGGCUGGAAGUUAAAUCGGUUUAACCGGUUCAGGGAGGAAAGCUCGCGGAAUGUGAGGAUAACCGAGACGGAGGAAGAGUUUCUGCGUUUUUUUGUGGAUUAAUAUACAGAUAUUAAAGAUUUAAAGCGUGUUUAUUAUCGGAGAUGACUGAAUCGCGGCGCGGCGCUCUGUCCGCCGGAGUUGCGCUCUGUACCGCCGCGCGGGCUCUCCUCUGAUAACUCCGCCGCGCGGGACGGAGCGGGACAGGAGGGCUGUCCGGAUUCUGACUUUAAUCCAACAUGUCUAAAGUGAUCCAGAAGAAGAACCACUGGACUACUAAAGUGAACGAGUGCGCGGUGUGUAAGAGUAGCGACGGGGAGCUGAGCGUGGAGCUGCGCGGCGGCGCGGAGAACGGAGAGUUCACGUACGUCGGGGAAGUGCGCCCGUGCACGGCGAACUACAAGUACGGGCAGCUGAGCGAGGGGGAGCUGCUGCUGGAGCUAGAGGGUCUGUCCGUGUCCGGACUGCCGCUGUACGACGUGUUGACGGUGGUGAAGAACUGCAAGGGUCCCGUCCGGAUGAAAACCGUCAGACAAGGACAUAAACUAAAUAAGGACCUGAGGCACUACCUAAGCCUGCGCUUUCAGAAGUCAUCUCCAGACCACGAUCUUCAGCAAACCAUCAGAGACAAUCUGUACCGCCAUGCUGUGCCUUGUACCACCCGCCUCCCCCGUGACGGCGAGGUUCCAGGGGUGGAUUACAACUUCCUGUCCGUGCAGGAGUUCCUGGACUUGGAGCAGUGCGGAACCCUUUUGGAAAUAGGAACUUAUGAGGGUAACUAUUAUGGAACACCCAAACCACCCAGCCAGCCCCGCUGCGGGUCAGUGAUUUCCCAGGAUGCUUUGCGAGACGGCCUUCCUGGCUCCCAGAAUUCCACGCCCAAGCGCACCAAGUCCUACAAUGAUAUGCAACAUGCUCGAGUAGUGCCCGUUGAGCCGACGGAAGAUGCAGACUUCACCACAGACAUGAACAACACAUUUACAGAGUUCUUAGCGCGUAGUCUCUUCCCCUCUCCCUUGUUGUGCACAGGAGACUCCAGCCGGCAGGAAGUGCACGGCGUGGUGCGAGACAACGCCCCCUCCAACGCGCUCAGCAACGUGGCCUUGUCUCCCCCGGCAAUCAUGGCCAGCUCCCAUCACCCUCAGCUUCCUCCAGAGGAUGACCCUCUCGGCCCAUUGCCAGACAACUGGGAGAUGGCCUACACAGAGAGCGGCGAGGUCUAUUUCAUAGACCACAACACAAAGACCACCUCGUGGAUGGACCCUCGUUGUGCGGAAAAGCAGCAGAAGCCUUUAGAGGAGUGUGAAGAUGAUGCUCUUGCAAACGCUUUAUUUUCCAUUCCUCCACUUGGAGAAGAAGGGGUACACACUGAGGAACCAGACAAUGAACUCGAGUUGCCUCCAGGUUGGGAGAAGAUAGAUGACCCAGUGUAUGGCGUAUAUUAUGUAGAUCACAUUAACAGAAAGACGCAGUAUGAGAAUCCAGUGCUGGAGGCCAGACGUAAAAAACAGGUCGAUAUACAGCAGCCACCAGAAGGUGAGCGCUACGUCAGAGAAUGGAUAGAGGAGCACUCGUCUGCCGGGGCUCCGAUUGCAGCGUAUGUUCCAAACCACUUGGAGACGUACCGAGACCCCCAGAGUGGCCCGCCCCUCCCGCCGGUGCCGGGCUCGAAAAGAGGGAAGCCAUUUUUCACGCGGAACCCUGCAGAACUGAAGGGGACGUUUAUAAGCACUAAACUGCUGAAGAGCAGACGCGGCUUCGGAUUCACUGUGGUAGGAGGAGAUGAGCCGGAUGAGUUUUUACAGAUUAAGAGUCUGGUGCUGGACGGACCUGCCGCUGUGGAUGGAAAGAUGGAGACAGGUGACGUCAUCGUAAGCGUCAACGACACCAUCGUCCUGGGCUACACCCACGCCCAGGUGGUGAAAAUCUUCCAGUCCAUCCCCAUCGGCUCCAUGGUCCAGCUCGAGUUGUGUCGUGGCUACCCGCUGCCGUUCGACCCUGAUGACCCUAACACCAGCUUGGUCACCUCUGUGGCCAUCCUGGACAAGGAGCCCAUCAUCGUCAAUGGUCAGGAGGCCUUCGACCCUCCCCCGCUGGGCCUGAGCCAAACAGCCCCAGGGCCCGCAGAGCCCCGCCCCUACAGCCCCACGGCGGAGGGCCCCGGCUCCGCGGCGGCGAUGACGGAGGGUUACGGCAGUGACGUGGUGACUCUAGCGUCGUCCAUCGCCACGCAGCCGGAGCUCAUCACUGUGCACAUGGAGAAGGGCGAUAAGGGCUUCGGCUUCACCAUCGCCGACUGCGGCAGCGGCACCUGCGGAGGGCAGAAGGUCAAGCAGAUCGUGGAUUACCCGCGUUGCCGCGGCCUGAAGGAGGGGGACAUCCUGGUGGAGGUGAACAAGAGGAACGUGCAAAGCAUGAGCCACAACCAGGUGGUGGAUCUGCUCAGCAAAUGCCCACGCGGCAGUGAGGUCACCAUGCUGGUGCAAAGAGGCGUGGUGCAGGCCAAGAGGAGUCCCAAAGUGGUGCAGUUGGAGAGGAAGGACAGUCAAGGCAGUUCUCAGCACAGUGUGUGUAGUCACCGCAGCACCCACACUGACUCUCCUGCCCGUGCAGUGCCCGCUGUGCCCAGCGAGACGCUGGCGGCUCCGCCCCCGGUGCCCCCGCCCCCUACCCAGCCCCUCCCCAGCCUGCCCCCACUGGAGCCGCCCGCCAAUGGAACCCUUCAGAAGAAACCGGACCCUUUCAAGAUCUGGGCGCAGUCCAGGAGCAUGUACGAGAGUCGGAUGCCAGACUCUCAAGAGCAAGACAUCUUCCUCUGGAGAAAAGACACUGGAUUUGGCUUCAGAAUCCUGGGUGGGAAUGAACCUGGAGAACCGAUCUACAUUGGGCACAUAGUGAAGUACGGGGCAGCAGAUGAGGACGGGCGCCUGCGCUCCGGGGACGAGCUGAUCUGUGUGGACGGAACGGCUGUGGUGGGGAAGUCCCACCAGCUGGUGGUGCAGCUCAUGCAGCAGGCAGCCAAACAAGGCCACGUCAAUCUCACAGUCCGACGCAAAACCGGCUAUGGAGUGUGUAAGGGUGAGGGCGACGUGCCCCCGUCCCCUGCCUCGUCUCACCACAGCAGCACUCAGGCUCCGUCUCUGACCGAAGAGAAGCGAACGCCUCAGGGCAGCCAAAACUCACUGAACACCGUCAGCUCAGGCUCCGGCUCCACCAGCGGCAUCGGCAGCGGAGGCGGAGGGGGCAGCGGUAGUGCGGUGGUUGCUGUGGUUCCUGCUGCACUGCAGCCGUACGACGUGGAGAUCCAGCGCGGAGAGAACGAGGGCUUCGGUUUCGUCAUCGUCUCUUCUGUGUCACGGCCUGAUGCUGGAACCACUUUCGCUGGAAAUGCAUGUGUGGCCAUGCCCCAUAAAAUAGGUCGUAUCAUCGAGGGCAGUCCGGCGGACCGCUGCGGAAAGCUGAAAGUGGGUGACCGCAUCCUGGCUGUCAACAGCUGCUCCAUCACCAACAAGUCCCACUCAGACAUCGUCAACCUCAUCAAGGAGGCCGGCAACACGGUCACCCUGCGCAUCAUCCCAGGAGACGAGUCUUCAAACGCCUCUCUGCUGACCAACGCCGAGAAGAUUGCCACCAUCACCACCACACACACUCCUCAGAGCAGCAGCGAGCCCAGGAACAACAAAUCAAAACAGGCCCCGCCUCCACCUGCAACACAGACCUCCAAUCAGGAUGCCGAGUUUUACUCUGUGGAUCUGGAGAGAGACAGUAAAGGAUUUGGCUUCAGCCUGAGAGGAGGAAAAGAGUAUAACAUGGACUUAUACGUGCUGAGACUGGCUGAGGACGGAGCUGCAGUGAGGAACGGCAAGAUGAGGGUAGGAGACGAGAUUCUGGAGAUUAAUGGAGAGAGCACCAAGAACAUGAAGCAUUCCCGUGCCAUCGAGCUCAUCAAGAACGGCGGCAGACGAGCGAGACUCGUCUUAAAGAGAGGAGACGGUUCUGUGCCAGAAUAUGACGGGCCCAAUGACGGGUACCCUGCCCCACCCGGGCCACAAAAUCUUUCGGAAAUGAGAACCAUGCCGUCCAAUGGCCGACUUCACCUCUCAUCAGAGUCCAGCUACACAUCAGAAUACCAUCCACCACCCUGGCCCCAGGAGCAGCGGCUAAGAGAGCGAGAAAGAGAACGAGGGAGAGAGGACUACAAGGAGUACACCCAUUACCCCAAAGCCCCCCAGCAGCAGCAGCAACACCACCACCACACCUGGAACAACAACAACCACCCCGCCCCCCGCGCCCUCUCGCCCUCCCCGUCCCCCGUCGAAAACGACAAAAAGAACUCCCGCCGCAAAGUUAAGAAAUCCGAGUCUGAAAGUGGCAUCGCCAAACUCUUCAAGACGCUGAGGAAGGAGAGCGGCUUUGGGAAGAAGUCCUCCGACCGGGACCUCCGGGGGCGAGGCCACGAGCGCUCCCCGGAGAGGACGGCCCACGGCAGGUCUCACGCGCGCCGCGGCUCCCUGGACCGCUCCCCCACCCGUAAGCGCAACUCUUCUCCGGACCGUCGCAGGGCCAAGUCCAUGGACCGGCGGGCGGAGCGCUGGCAGCGCGAUUACUCUCCGGACUCUCGCGCGUCCAGCCAGGUCCUGCUGCGGCAGGCCGCCACCCCCGAGAGGCACUACGCCCCCCAAAGAGAGCCUCACACUCCGAGCAGGGGCAGUUACCUGCGGGAGGAGGGCUACCUCACCUCCACUCCAGAGAGAUCCAACAAUGGCCAGGUGCUGUCUCUGGCCCGCGGCCGAACCCCCGAGCGCAGCCUGAAAAACGGCAACGUGCUUCGAGACGUUUCUCCCUCCAGCCGCGGCGAGAGCUGGAGCAACGGCACGCCGGAGAGACGCUACCGCAGGGAGUCGGACAGCAGCAGCAACGGCAGUUACCUGGAGGAGGCCGCCACCCCCCGGCUGAAGGACUACUACAACGCGCUGAAGGCCAACGGCGCCAACGGGACCAACGCGGGCAGAGCUCCUACCCAGCACCCUCAGUCAAAGAGGAGACUUUACAAAGAUAACCACACGGACCUCAGCAUCUGAGCGCGGGGAAGCCACAAGACUCCAAACACACACACACACACACACACACAAAGCACUCGUAGAGCUGGACGACUGACAUCACACCUUUUUAAACAAGCUGAUGGGGUGAAUGGUUGAUUGUUGAGUGAGUUGUUGUUGAGUAGUUUAUUGAUUGAAUGACUGACUGACUUAUUAAAUGAUUGAUUGAUUGAUCGAUUGAUUGCACAGUUGAUUCACAUCUGCACAUUUUCCAAGCCUGAAAGUUCCACAGAUCAGCCAUAAACGCAGCAGCAGGAAUAUCUACUUUAGUCUAUUUCAUUUUUUUGUUUUGUUUCGUUUUUUGUUUUUUAAUGUCUCUACAGUGUUUUGUUCAUUGGGGAGAGGUUUUUCUCAAAUUUGGCAAUUCCACAUUUCAGUUCAUUUCGGUUUAUUUGAGAUACCUGUGCUUUUUUUUUUUUAAAUCUCAAAUUCCUCAACGUGCACCAGAGAAACUGUGUGAACUCGAUGCCCGACGUUUUUCAGGAGUUUUUAUUUCUUUUUCUUUUUUGUUUUGUCCUGUAUUUUUUUUAAGCUGCGUGUUCUUCUAUUCCUCAUAUCUGCGAUUUUCGCUGACGACAGCACAAGCCUUGAGUGUUUGUUUGUACAUUUCAUGGAUGAAUACAGUGUGUUUACAUAUGUGCGUGAUCAUCUCAAAUGAAGGCGAAAUUAAAAGAGUGCAAAAAAAAAGUACAGAAAGUUAUGAUGCUACUGUCUAAUGAAGUAAUAUAUUUUAAGUGUAUUUAUUUUGAAAAGAAUUGGCACAUAAAGGACGUCAACAGGACGCUUACCUCCCAAACUGAAAUCUACUGUAUAUCAGAACCGUACUGGUGAUGUUAUUUAUCUGGCGAAUGCUGUGGACUGCUGCACAAGGGCGAAGUGCUCCUCUUUCCAGAAUUUUUCACUUUUCAAUUUUCAAAUCCAUUUCCAAUUGCGUUAUUCAGAAAGUACCUGAUGAUACCAGACGAUAUUAAUCAGUAAUCACCAAGUGAAUGAUAAGAUGUGAAUGAGAUUGUAUCUGAGGUAGCUAAAAAAACAUAUUUAGAGGCUUACAGAGCUUGAUUGACCUGAGUAAAUGACGCCUGUGUGUCCAGGCCUCCAGGACAUGCCGGUAAUCUGUAGUCGUUUACAGUCGUUUGCAGGGCUCGGCAGAGCUUUCAUAGAGUCUGUAGACUUCCUCCGGCCUGGAAAGUUGAUGGAAACUGCCAUACUCGAUUCUCUCGACUCUCUAUACUAAGGGCCUGAACCACGGCAGACGAUCUGGUACAGUAUGUUCAACUGAGCCAUUCUGUGUCUUUGCACUGGAGUAUGAUAGCGUGAUCAAGGCUAAGCUAUGUGUGUUUGUAUGAAUGUUUUAUGUCUUUUCUUUUCUUUUCUUUAAUCGUGUGUAUGUACCUGUGUAUACGAUGUUUUUGAUAAUUUUACAAGCCAACACGAAGAGAUCUCGAAACAUGCGAUGGAAAAGCAGAGUUAGUUUUCAUCACCGUCGUCUUCAUAGUACUGUAUCCAACCAAUAACCUUGUCAGCCACCAUCUCGUGUACAGACUUUCACUACUGUAUGUAAUUACUAGCAACCUACGGAAGAGAGGAGACCGUUGCCUUUUCUUGUACAAAAGAGAAUUUAUGAGAGACCUUCACCUCGAGGAUCACGACUCCCGUGUGUUUAUACUCCUCGAGAGGAGGCGGUAAGUCGAUAGAUAAUAUGUGUAAUUUAUACUCCAGAUUCAGGCAUGUGUAAAGAUGUUUCAGAACCGGAGAGGACCCGACGCGGAUCCGUUUCUCCGGGGUGGGUGUGUCCGGGUGGGGGAGCGGUUUCUUGGGGAGGGGGUUGAAUAUCUCUCGUGAUGCAUAGCCUGCCUUUUUAUUAUGGAGCACUUGUAUACUGUCUGUGGUCUCUCUGCAAUGUUAUCUGGACUUAAAUGCUUUUUCUGUGUCGAUGAAAAGCAGUACAUGUAUAUGGGCCAAUCUUUUUUAUGAAACACUAUGCAUAUAUAGAUACAACAUUGUCCAUAGCUUUAUUUGACUCAUGAAGCUAUACAUAACAUUAGUCUAAGUACAAGUAGAUGUUGACUUACCCAGUAAAGCUUUUUUUUCCUCCUUCAGAUGAAUCUCAAUGUAUAUGUAGCUAUCAAAAAGAAGUCUGUGAAUGCUAUUUUUAUUAUCAAAUAAAGUUUUCCAUACAAAUUCACAAAAA